GAAACGGGACAAUAUAUAAGAAAAAAACCAUAACCAGCCUAAAAUCCUACCUAACUGGUUUUAUACUAGAAGUAAUAAAAAAGAGUACAAUCAAAGUGUCAAACCUAGUGUAAAUAUUUAAUUAUUUAUUAGUUAUUAUUCGAAUGUAAUUGUAAUAUUUACAACAACUUGUGAGAACUUUCCAAGUUGAUGACGUAAAAAAGUGAAUGGUAUAGAAAAAGUUAUUUCAUUCUAAGGAAAAAACAAAGGAAAAUCCUUUAAAAUUCCCUUAAGAAAAAAUUGUCACCAGUCUAUAUGCAAUGAUACAUUUAAGUCAUAUGAAAUCCGACAAAUCUUUCUCAGAUAUAUCACUUAUUGAAUGCAAAAUAUAUUUUAUAACUUAAUAUAUUGUAAGUACAAAAAAAACUUAAAAGAUAAAAUAUUUUAAAAGAAGUGAACAAAGUUUAAGGGAAGACUUUUUUGCCAAUGAGAAAAUGUUAUUGUUGGAUACAUAGGUAAACAUAUGGAAAACAGAUCGAAUGGCUUAAUCAAUUUGUUUUAUUUGGAUGCUUGCAAUCAGCCCACGAAGUGAAAUGUGCUAAGAGUGAAGCGGAUAUCGAAAUCGGUGUCCAAAUUAAUGAUUCUUUGGGCGAAGCAACACGGUUUAUCGCCCGCCUUGAUAUGAGUGAACAGAGUAAUGCAAUCAAACGACAUGUGGGUCGAGAAUCCUCCGCGUCAGACACUCAACACCCAUUCCAACAUCCCCCACCAUAUGCCAUACGUGUUGAUAGCCUGGAAGAGGAUCCAAGUACGGCCCCCAUAACCGAAUCCAAUUCACAUGAGGACCUUAUUGUUCAAGAUCCCGAUGAUGAGGAAGGAAAUGCAAGGACAACCCAUUACAAAGAGGCCACACAACAGUUUCCACGAUUCCUUUCGGUGCCAGCUUUGCGCAAUGCUCCAACACGAACUAUGGGUAGAAGACAAAUUGUCUCCAGUCCAGCCAAAAGUGAGCGCAUGAACCGUGAUGGUUCAAGUAAAAAAAUACCAGCUCGAAGGUUGAGUCAGGACAGUGGCAUUGUGGCAGGUCGUCUAUUUAAUGGAGCGGAUUUAAGCCUUUUUGAUACUGGACCUUUAAGCUCAUUCAGUAUACAUCAUCCAAGAACAUCGACCGAUAACAUUUAUGCUCUUCUUGUUAACGAGGCGGAAAUUCGAAACUGCGAUAAAGAUACAUCACUCACUACACCUCAACACUCACCGGAAACGGAAAUGACAAUGUUAGCGCCUUUUCCUUACUCUAGCAACAACGACAACGGUAAUAGCAAUAACACCCAUCAACGCAAUAGACUGGGCAGUGCCAACAGCAACAAUCAAUACAAUGACAAAUGGCGUCCUAAUUAUUAUAAAUCUCACAAUAUGUCCAUACCGCUGCCUACCCAUUUGGAAACGGAUUCGGCCGAACCCAGUCCCACCCAAGCAUUUGGACCCAAAAUUGAUAACAUGGAAAACUUACCCGGUACAGCAAUGCAUCGCUCUUUAGCCUUACAAUUGUCCGCCCCACCUACCCCAGACACCAUGGACCACAAUUCUUUGGUCAAUGAUUAUGUACAACCACCUGAUGAGUUGGAAAAACCUAUGAUUAAGAGUCAGGUUUCAAUGCUGGAAGAUCAAUUUGCCUAUAAACAACUAAUAUCCUAUGAAAAGGCCCAGUUAAACUCAAAACCCACAUCAAUGGAGUCCAGCCUUAAUGGAAGUGUUUUCAAUAACAGUCGUAAGGAGAGCAAACGUAACUCCAUGGAGGAGGAACAAUCGCGACGUGUAAGCAAACAGGAUCGCGAAGGUCUUGACUCAGAAUCAUUAAUGUUUCGCGAUGGUCGUCGUAAAAUCGAUAUGGUUUUGGCUUGGGAAGAGGAAGAUUUGGGUGUAAUGACUGAAGCUGAAUCAAGAAAACGAGAUAAUCGCAAAACAUUCAUGGAAAACCUAAUUAAAGAGGGCCUCGAAGUAGAGUUAGAAGAUAAAUCGCAAUCAUUCAAUGAAUGUACAUAUUUUUUAAAAAUUCAUUUACCCUGGCGUUUGGAAACUCGUCUGGCCGAGGUAAUGAAUCUCAAAUUGCCAGUGAAAAGAUUCAUUACCAUAUCGGUAAAAUCUCCAUGGGAAGAGGAAAACAUUGUUUCGCGUAAUAUUACCUACUGGAAAGAGGUAUGGCAUAAAUUAACUCAAAAAAUACAAUUGGAAGCAAGUGUUUUAGAAGGCGAGACGACUUUUAAGGCUGCAACGGCCAAUGGAAACCCGGAAGAACAGUUUAUUGUUAAAGACCGAGCAACUGCCUACACCAGUGCCCAAAGAUCUCAAAUGGUCAUGCAAAUUCUCUUGAGAACACCCUUUGAUGAUAGUGAUCGCUGUGGCAUACGGCGUCUCUUGAAUGACAACACAUAUUUGGCUUGUUUUCCACUGCAUGAAGGUCGCUAUGAUCGUCCUCAUUCCAGUGGAGUAUCAUUGGACCGACGAGUUCUAUAUCAAACAUGGGCCCAUCCCUCACAGUGGUAUAAAAAGCAACCACUGUGUCUUGUGCGCAAAUAUUUUGGUGAUAAAAUAUCAUUGUACUUUUGUUGGCUGGGCUUCUACACGGAAAUGUUGGUCUAUCCAUCGAUAGUGGGCACCUUAUGCUUUAUCUACGGACUAGCUACUCUGGAGUCUGAGGAUAAUACACCUAGUAAGGAAAUAUGUAAUGAAUGGGGACCGGGCAACAUAACGCUAUGUCCUUUGUGUGACAAGGCUUGCAGUUAUCAGCGGCUCUCACAGUCUUGUUUAUUCUCAAGAAUCACAUAUCUUUUUGACAAUCCGUCGACGGUAUUUUUUGCAAUAUUUAUGUCCUUUUGGGCAACAACAUUUUUGGAGCUGUGGAAACGUAAGCAGUCUGUGGUUGUUUGGGAAUGGGAUCUAAACAGCGUAGAAUCAGAUGAAGAAAAUCGCCCAGAAUUUGAAACAAAUGCGACAAAUUUUCGCAUAAAUCCUGUCACUAGAGAAAAAGAGCCAUACAUGUCAACUUGGAAUAGAAGCAUACGUUUUGUGAUCACAGGAAGUGCAGUAUUUUUCAUGAUAGUUGUGGUUCUCUCUGCUGUCUUGGGUACCAUUAUCUAUCGCAUUUCCAUGGUCACAGUUAUAUAUGGGGGCGGUGGAUUUUUCUUGAAUGCGCAUGCCAAACUAUUCACCACUAUAACAGCUGCCCUUAUCAAUUUGGUUGUUAUCAUGAUAUUAACAAGGAUUUAUCAUCGUCUGGCUAUACGUCUAACAAAUCUGGAAAAUCCUCGCACUCACACAGAAUAUGAGGAUUCAUAUACAUUCAAGAUAUUCUUUUUUGAAUUCAUGAAUUUUUAUUCAUCCCUGAUCUAUAUUGCUUUCUUCAAGGGACGUUUCUUCGACUAUCCCGGCGAUGAUCAGGCUCGCCGUAGUGACUUUUUUCGCUUGAAGAACGAUAUUUGCGACCCGGCAGGUUGCCUUUCCGAAUUAUGUAUUCAAUUGGCCAUUAUAAUGGUGGGCAAACAGUGUUGGAAUAAUUUUAUGGAGUACUUGUUUCCCAAAUUUUACAAUUGGUGGAGACAGAGAAAACACAAACAGGCUACGAAAGAUGAAAGUCAUUUGCAUAUGGCCUGGGAACAGGACUAUCAUAUGCAGGAUCCUGGGCGACUGGCUUUGUUUGAUGAGUAUUUAGAAAUGAUUCUCCAGUAUGGUUUUGUAACCCUUUUUGUAGCUGCUUUUCCUUUGGCGCCCCUGUUCGCAUUACUGAAUAAUGUUGCCGAAAUUCGUUUGGAUGCUUACAAAAUGGUAACUCAAGCCCGUCGCCCCUUAGCAGAACGAGUCGAAGAUAUUGGUGCCUGGUAUGGGAUAUUAAGAAUUAUCACCUACACAGCCGUUGUCUCAAAUGCCUUUGUGAUAGCCUACACAAGUGAUUUUAUACCAAGAAUGGUUUAUAAAUUUGUCUAUUCAGAAUCGAAUACUUUAGCUGGUUACAUUGAACACUCGCUGUCUGUAUUUAAUACUUCGGAUUAUAAAGAAGAAUGGGGUGCCAAAACCGAAAAGGAUCCAGAUACAUGUUAUUAUAGGGGUUAUAGAAAUGGUCCUCAAGAUUAUGAACCCUAUGGAUUGAGCCCACAUUAUUGGCACGUUUUUGCUGCUCGUCUUGCAUUUGUUGUGGUGUUUGAGCAUGUGGUUUUCGUUAUUACCGGCAUUAUGCAAUUCAUUAUACCUGACAUACCUGCCGAAGUAAAAACCCAAAUGCAAAGAGAACAACUAUUGGCCAAAGAAGCCAAAUAUCAGCAUGGCAUGAAGAGAGCUCAAGGCGACAGCCAGGACCUAAUAAGUGUAUUUCGGGAGGCCGGAAGUCGGCAAAGUAAUGCCAGUUUACAAUUUUCUGGCUCGGAUGGAGGACAAUUUGCAACAAGACGUAGUUGGGCUCGACGUUUUUCACGUUUAAGUGAUGGUUUAGAUGCCCAUGUUGAGGUACCAUCACGGCCAAGGCGUUCCAUGGAGUCUACUGUUUGGGAAGUUUCCUGACAUGAAGAAGAAGCGGAAUCCGAAGAUAUUUUAAAGGCCAAAAAUAAACAUUAGACAUAAAAAGGGAAACAUUUGUGUAAAAAUUACAUUUUUUUAAAUUUUUUUCUAGUUUAAAAUCGGAUAAUCAGGUUGUUUACUUUUCUUUUCUUCAUAUAGUACUCAUUUGUUCUAAUUUAUUAUAAAAUUUUAUUAGACUUUAUGUAAAUAAAUAAUUACUCUUUAGAAAUGUU